AUGUUGUCUCCAGAGUCUAGUUUGGGGCAGAGUUCAACCCCCGGGGUUGCCGUGGCCCUAACGCAUUGUCAGCCCCCAGAGCAAUUCAAUUUUAGUUGCCCUGAAGAAUGGCCUAAGUGGAUCAGACGCUUCGGAAGAUACCGCGUGGUCAGCGGGCUGAAUUUAAAGCCUCACGAAGAACAGGUCAACGCCCUCAUAUAUGUUAUGGGAGAUAAGGCCGAAGAUGUACUGUUGUCUUUGACCUUGAGCGAAGCUGACAUGACGAACUACGAGACCGUUGUAGCCGCUUUUGACAAGCAUUUUGUGGUCAAGCGCAAUAUCACCUAUGAACGAGCAAAGUUUAACUCCCGUUCUCAAAAAGAGGGAGAGCCCGUCGAAGAGUUCAUAACGGAUCUGCAUGCUCUUGCCGAACAUUGCAAAUUUGGGUCCCUACGCGAUGAGCUGAUUCGGGACAGAAUUGUUGUUGAAGUAAAAGACAGAGUUCUCUCGGAAAAGAUGCAAUUGAAUCCUGACCUUACGCUGGAGAAAGCCACGACUAUGGCUCGACAGACGGAAACGGUUAAGAAGCAACAAGCGUCGUUGCAGCCAGGUCCUGAACACAAGGUUCAACGACUCAAAAGUUCCAAGUUAUUGGUGCAGAAGAGCGCUGCUGGGCACGCACAUAAAUCUGCAACCAACAAUGGAAGGACAGGGCAUUCUGCUAACUCGCGAAGCGGGAAUUUCUGUCGGAAAUGUGAUCGUUCUCCACAUCGCAGAGAUAGUUGCCCAGCAAGAAAUGCAAAAUGCAAUAACUGCAACAAAAUGGGGCAUUACUCCCGAGUAUGUUUAAGUGCUGCAGCAGUCAGGGUGGUUUCAGAAGAACCCGCGUUUCUUGGCACAAUAAACGUCGAAGGGCCCAAGCGUUGGCUAGCGCCAAUAAACCUUUGCGGAGCUACGCUGGAUUUUAAAGUCGACACGGGAGCCGAUGUAACUGUAGUCUCUGAGGAGACAUAUCGUACAUAUUUAUCGACGAUUUCGUUAAACAAGCCAAGCAGAAUACUGAAAGGGCCGAAUAGGAGCAAGCUUCAAGUCCUGGGCGUAAUAAAAGCUGAACUCGAAUACCGGCUGAAGAAGCUGUCCACGGAUGUUUUUGUAAUUAGAGGUCUAGAAGAACCCCUAUUGUCUAGUGAAGCUAGCGAAGCCCUUGGUCUUGUGAAAAGACUCUUCGAAGUUACGGCGAUAGAAUCGGCGACGGAAUCUAGUCUUCAACCUGUAAGAGAAUUCCCAAAGCUAUUCCAAGGACUAGGCUGUGUCAAGAUACCCUAUCAUGUACGUUUGAAACCGUACGCCGUACCCUUUGCGCUUUCAGCCCCGCGCAGAGUACCCCUUCCUCUCAUGGAAACGAUAAAGAAGGAAAUUGACCACAUGGUCGCACAGGGUGUCAUCGUACCGGUAGAUGAGCCUACGGAAUGGUGCUGCGGCAUGGUAAUUGUAAAAAAGCCAAAUGGAACUUACCGAAUUUGUGUUGACUACACCCCGUUGAACAAAUUCGUAGAAAGGGAACUUCAUCCUAUGCCAGUCACAGACCAUGUCAUCGCUCAGAUAGGCGUCUCCAAGUACUUCUCAAAGUUGGAUGCGAAUUCUGGCUACUGGCAGUUUCAGCUUACCGAAGAGUCGCAAUUACUUACGACCUUCAUUACUCCCUUUGGUCGCUUCAAGUUCACAAGGUUACCGUUUGGGAUAUCAUCAGCACCCGAGUUUUUUCAGAAGAAGAUGGCUCAUAUCGUCUCGGGCUUAAAUGGAGUCGUCUGCAACAUGGAUGACAUCCUUGUUCACGCGAAGACAAGAGAAGAGCACGAUGACAGAGUACGCAAGGUUCUCGCUCGAUUGCAAGACUAUGGGGUGACCUUGAACAAAGACAAGUGCGUCUUCGGUGUUCAACGAGUAAAGUUCUUGGGUCAUAUAAUCGACCAACAAGGAAUCCAUCCAGAUGACACAAAAGUGAAGGCCAUUCAAGACAUGAAGCUUCCCACGUCUCUUACGGAACUAAAAAGUUUUCUUGGAAUGGUGAACUACCUCGGAAAGUUUAUUCCUCAUCUGGCUGAUGUUGUGAGCCCGUUAAACGCUUUAUUAAGUUCCAAGUCGCAGUGGGUUUGGACAGAAGCACAACAGCGAGCAUUCAAGACCGUCAAGACGUUGCUAACGACAAGUCCGGUUCUGGUCUUCUUCGAUCCGAAGAAAAAGACAGUUGUUUCCGCUGAUGCUUCGUCAUAUGGACUUGGGGCGAUUCUUCGACAGUUGCAACCUGAUGGGACGUAUCGACCUGUCGCAUAUGCUUCACGAAGUCUCACGGACACGGAGAAGAAGUAUGCUCAGAUAGAAAAGGAGGGACUCGCCAUUGUGUGGGCAUGCGAUAAGUUUCGGGAUUACAUCACGGGGAUGCACAUCACUAUCGAGACCGAUCACAAGCCCUUAAUUCCAAUCUUCAUGAACAAACCUUUGGACGACAUAACCCCUCGUCUACAAAGGAUGAAGCUGAAGCUGAUGCGGCACUCUUGUGAUUUGGUUCAUGUCCCAGGAAAAUCUCUAGUAGCGGCCGACGUUCUCUCGCGAAGCCCGCUUCCGGACAUUGAAGACAGUGGGUUGGAGGAUGAGCUGGCGGCUUACGUCAGGGGAAUCGUCACCUACUUUCCUGCGACAGAUCAGAGAUUGUCCCAAAUCAAGAAGGCGCAAUACGAAGACACUUCGUGUCAGAUGCUGUCGAAUUACCUUCAACAAGGCUGGCCAGACAAAGCACUUGUUGACUCGAGCUGUAAGAACUACUGGCAAGAGAGGCUCAACCUUUCUCUCGACGACGGACUUCUCAUGAAAGGGUCCCGAAUUCUUAUCCCCGUCGCCAUGAGAAGAGAGAUACUCAACAAGAUCCAUCAAGGGCAUGCCGGGAUCACAAAGUGCAGGGAAAGAGCCAGGCAGACAGUUUGGUGGCCUGGAAUUUCUAAGGACAUCGAGGAUGAUGUUCGAAGAUGUCCGCGCUGUGUCCAGGAGUCUACCAAUAGGCAUGAGCCUUUGAUGCCUUCGCCGUUCCCAGGGCGCCCAUGGCAGAAGGUAGCGGUCGAUCUUUUCUACCUUAGUGGCAAGUGGCUCCUGCUGGUAACGGAUUAUUAUUCAAGAUAUCCGGAACUGGCUCCUUUGACCAACUUAACAAAUUCAGCGGUCAUCGAUCACCUGAAAUCCAUAUUUUCCAGGCACGGAACGCCAGAAGUACUCAUCAGCGACAAUGGACCACAAUUUCGGAGACUAGUGGGCAGUGACUUUGCUACAUUCGCGAAAGAGUGGUCAUUUGAACACAGGACUUCUAGUCCACGUUUUCCACAAAGCAACGGCUUCGUCGAAGCCGCUGUCCGUGUCAUCAAGCUCAGUCUCAAAAAGUCGGACGAUGCGUAUAAAGCUCUUCAGAGCUACCGCGCUACGCCAUUAGGAAAUGGUUUCAGUCCGGCUGAGCUACUUAUGGGUCGCCGUCCUCGCACGUCGCUUCCUACCGCCGCGUCGCUGUUAAGUCCCAAGACACCAGAUCGGAAUCAGUUGCGUCAAUGGGAAGAGCAUCGCAUUGAAAUGCAAAAAAAGAAACUAUGA